AGUCGAUAUGAUGCCCGUUGACUUGUAAGUCGAGCGCAGGGAGGAUUUAUAAUCUGCGUUUGUUAAUCUCGCCUCCCAAAUUCAUUGUCUCAAAUGUUAAAACCACAAUAUUUAGUGAAUUUCUAAAUCAAAGUGAUGGUGAUGACGGUUGAUUUUAUACAGUGCCUUAUUUAAUUUCGUUGUUAACUGUGUUGGAGUGAAAUAAACACAUGAAAGCUUUAACGACUGACGUGCAUUUGUUUUCAUUAUGACCAAACGCCGAAGAAUACUUCACGCGGACAAAAUAAUACAAAAUGUUAUGAAUGUGUUUUGUUUGUUAAUGUUUUUGCAGUUAAAAGGUUACUAUUCAGUAUCCAGUAACCCAAUAUUACUAUACUCCACGGCAUCAGACAUUCGAGUAGUGAACACCUCAAAGAUUGGCAAAGUCAAUACUAUAGUAAAAGACCUAGAACAGGGGUCUGCGGUGGACUUCCUCCAUCGUAAGGACCUCAUUUGCUGGUCUGACCAAACUGCAGAGUUAAUACAGUGUAUGAACUAUAAUGAAACUCAUGUAGGAGAAAAGGUUAAAAUAGUAUCAGAGGGGUUAAUUACUCCUACUGGAAUAGCAAUAGACUGGUACACAGACAAAAUAUAUUGGACAGAUGGGGAGACCAAUAGAAUAGAAGUUAUUAGUAUAGAACAAAAGUACAGGAAAGUACUGUUUUGGUCAGAAGUGGACCUGGCCAGGGCCAUAGCUGUUGUUCCUAAAGAAGGGUAAGACACUAUUUUAAAAUAACUAAAUAAAACUGCAAAAUAAAUAAAUGUGAAUACAUUUAUUAUUUUAUGAUAUUCAAAACACCUUUCAUAUUCACCUUAUCAAUAUAAGGAAAAGAAAAAAAGGUGUGUUGUAAAUAAAAA